AGGCAGACUUCUAAAUAGACUUCAGUGGGCGCUUCACCGCAUUACCACAGAGUGAGGAAAGCGGAUGACUCGUCACCUCAAACCGUUCACCCAAAGCCAAACUUUGUAGCUGGUAGCUAGUUUUGCGCUCAGGACACAAACCAGCCCUUGUGGUUAUUGUUUGCUAUUUGCGCUGCCUAAAAAAUGAACUUGACGACUGAUAAGGGAGUUCUCCGAUGGCUUCAUUUAUGAGGCGUGAGUUAAGAGUGAGCGAGAAAGAACUACGUUUCGCUGCGGAUUGUUACUACUAGUUACAACAGAGCAACUGCGAGUAGUGAAGAGCGAAAACCUAUUGCUAGCUUGCUAGCUGUGUUCGGGUUGAGCGUUCGAGCACGGAAAGUUUUCAGUGCAUGCGUGCGUCCUAUAAAUUUUCAGUUUGACUCAAUUGUAUACGUUGAAUUAUUCCUUUUAAAUACAAAGGACUACGGCUGUAUUUUAACCCAAAAAGACUGCUCAAAAUUGGGAGGACUUUACUGAGCUCAAGAUGUCAAUUUUACCUUUUACUCCCCCGAUUGUGAAAAGGCUUUUGGGCUGGAAAAAAGGAGAACAGAACGGCCAAGAAGAGAAGUGGUGCGAAAAGGCGGUUAAAAGCCUCGUGAAGAAGUUGAAAAAGACUGGUCAACUGGAUGAGUUGGAAAAAGCCAUCACCACGCAGAAUAUCAACACGAAAUGCAUUACCAUACCGAGGUCUCUGGAUGGCCGCCUGCAGGUGUCCCACAGGAAGGGGCUGCCCCAUGUCAUAUACUGCCGGCUGUGGCGCUGGCCGGACCUGCAGAGCCACCACGAGCUGCGGGCCAUGGAGCUGUGCGAGUUCGCCUUCCACAUGAAGAAGGACGAGGUGUGCGUCAACCCCUACCACUACCAGAGGGUGGAGACGCCAGUGCUGCCCCCGGUCCUGGUUCCUCGGUACACAGAGAUCCCCAGUGAAUUCCCACCACUGGAUGACUACAGCCACUCCAUCCCCGAGAACACCAACUUCCCCGCCGGCAUCGAGCCCCAGAGCAACUACAUCCCCGAGACGCCUCCGCCAGGCUACCUCAGUGAGGACGGGGAGACCAGCGACCACCAGAUGAACCACAGCAUGGACGCCGGGUCCCCAAACCUGUCGCCCAACCCCGUCUCUCCAGCACACACCAACCUGGACCUGCAGCCGGUGACGUACUGUGAGCCGGCGUUCUGGUGCUCCAUAUCCUACUAUGAGCUGAACCAGCGCGUGGGGGAGACCUUCCACGCCUCCCAGCCCUCGCUCACUGUGGACGGCUUCACUGACCCGUCCAACUCUGAGCGCUUCUGCCUGGGCCUGCUCUCCAACGUCAACCGCAACGCCGCCGUGGAGCUCACCCGUCGGCACAUCGGCAGGGGGGUGCGGCUGUACUACAUCGGGGGAGAGGUGUUUGCCGAAUGCCUCAGCGACAGCGCCAUCUUUGUCCAGAGUCCAAACUGCAACCAGCGCUACGGCUGGCACCCAGCCACCGUCUGCAAGAUCCCACCAGGCUGCAACCUGAAGAUCUUCAACAACCAGGAGUUUGCCGCCCUGCUGGCCCAGUCGGUGAACCAGGGCUUCGAGGCGGUGUACCAGCUCACCCGCAUGUGCACCAUCCGCAUGAGCUUCGUCAAGGGCUGGGGGGCGGAGUACAGGCGACAGACGGUGACUAGCACCCCCUGCUGGAUCGAGCUGCACCUCAACGGCCCGCUGCAGUGGCUGGACAAGGUGCUCACCCAGAUGGGCUCCCCCAGCAUCCGGUGUUCCAGCGUGUCAUAGGAAGGCCCCCCCCCGCCUCACAUCCCGGACGACGCACAGACCAAAACCCACAGAGAAAAUUGGGGGGGGGAGAAUGGGGCCCCCCCCGCACAGCAGAUCUGCUGCACACACCCCAUCUGUUGGAUCCAGCACCACUUCACACAUGGUCCUAAAGCACUUUUAUUUCAUGUUUGUGGCAAAGGGGAUGAGUGCAUUACAAACAGUACAGUUUGUAUUGUUUUCACGCUUUCUGUAUCGAUUUGAUGCUGAAUUUUAAAAAAGAAAAAGAAAAUGUGUAUAUUGUCUUGGCAUUCGCUGCCAAACAGCCAUCGUGAGCCAUAGGUGAAAAAUAAUGAAAAAUGUCCCGUCUGUAGUUCUUCAUGUUUUUAGCUGUACAUAUACCAGCAGAGAUGUAGUUGUAGUUCAGAGCGCAUUAUGAACAAUGAAAGACUGUUAUCUUUGUUGUGGACAGAAAAGGAAAUGGAUGUUUGACUGCUUGGAGCGGGGGUGUCAGACUCAGAUCCUGGAGGGCUGUGUGUGUCCUGGCUCUUCAGCGCGGUCGUUCGGAUCGCUGGACGUUCGUAGUGACGUUCAUACCUCUGCAUUUCUGAAAACGCAGUCCAGCUGACAUUUCAGCGCAGGCCGAGUGUGUUCCAUAUUUAACUUUCCCUCCAGGAAGUGAGUCUGACGCGCCUGACCUGGAGUGCAGACAUGAGGAAAGCCCCCUGCCCUCCUCCUGAGAGUUGAUUUUAAGUGAACCAAACCUGUAAGAGAAGUUUUCACUUUUUCAUGCCUACAAGCUAUACACAGAAUGGAGAGGCUGGUUAGAUGCUUUAAAGCAUUGUGUCAUUUUGUUCUUUUGUUUAUAAAGACUAAUCCCCAGCGCGCACACACACACACGCACAUAGCUCUCUCCUCUCUGCUGGAGAAAGCUGGCAUAGCUGGCAGACCUGGCAGCGCUGCCAGUGAGCAGGAAGAGCGGGCGCGUGCCCUGGUGCGAAACAGUGACGUGUGCCCGCGUGUGAUGGGGCGUGUCAGGUCUCUGUUCCAGCACGGUGCUGGGACACCGCAGUCUGCCACCCUGCUCGUAAUCUCCCUUUGUGAACCCUUCCCAGGCAUCCACUCUCUCUGCUGAUGUCAGAAUGGAUUGUGCCGUGUGUUUAAUCUUUUAGCCAGCUGUCAGCCCGGUGUCUGUCUCCCAGCUAUAGGACAGGAGCCAGCUUCCUAUCCACCAUCCUCACUCGCUCCCUCUCUCUCUCUCUCUCUCUGCCCGUGCCCUGCUUGGCUUCUGGAGAGAGAUUUUGAUGUUUGUUUGAAAGCAGGACUGUGGGGCGGCUGUGCUGGGCUGAAAGUGGGCCUCUGCAGUCCUGGCAGCAGUGCAUGCACCCCGAAGCGUCAGUCGUCCCCGAGAACGUACAGCCAUACUAACAAUGACUAUUCAGGUACUUUAAAUUUUAAAGUAAUGUUUCCUUAAGAACAUAAAUGAGAAAAGCAUUGGUUCUCGGUAAUCUAUGUGGAAGUAACUAAAUGUUUAGGUCAGUUUUGAAAAAAGGCAUUGUGAAUAUUACAAACUGGUGCCGUUUUGACUCUCAAAAUGUUACUCGGUAGGUCUUUAACUUGUGGACACCUCUUUGCUCCACAAUGAGUAGGUGAAGCGCACCUGCUGAGAUUUUAUUAUUUUUAUUUUUUUUUGGAAGUAAUUUUUGCUAAAUGUCCUGUACAGGAAAUAAGGGGGUAAGUUUCUGUUUUCUUGUCCCAUAAUGGUAAUGUUAGCUGUACAUACAGAUAUUUAGUGUUAUAUAUUACGUGGUCUGUGUCAUGAACACUAAUGGAGAGCGAGCGGAACGGGCUUGUCCUGCCCCUUGAGCGGCAGCAGUGCUGGCCGGGGGUCUAGACUGACCCCUGACCCCUGACACACACGCGUGAGCUUUGUGGGCAGACCGGGGGCUCCUGCUUCUCCAGGGCCUCACAAAUGUGGUGGAAACUGUUGGUUAAGCUCUGAGCUUUCAGCCAAUCAGUGUGCCCCGGUCUUGCGUCUGUGCGUGCGCGUGAGACUACCGCCGCAGCGCUGUGUGCUGCCCGCCAUCAGCGUGUCUGUCCAACAGCUGGGCGAAGGGGUAGCACUUUCCUCAGGACCACCGUGCAUUUUUACUCUAGAGGAAAAAAGAACUAAAUGUGUACACCUAUAAUGAUUAAAAAGAUGCAUGCUUAUUUUCUGAUAUUUCCACUCUUUGUACUGUAGAUUCUAUUUUGCUACCAUGUACCCAUACUUUUUUUUUUUUUAAAGAAAGGGGGAAUUUUAAUGUGGUUUUACUGCAAAUUAUGAGAAUAGUUUUUUAAGAAUUUACCAAGUAAUGAAAUGGGGUAGGUUGGGGUGGGGCAGCAAAUAUUGCUGGCAGGUUCUCUAGAGACCUUAGAGUGAUAUUUUUUUACAUGAGAAGUGGGUGGACUUUGAAAAGGGAAGUGCAGGUUGUCAUGGUUGGCUGUGUGUACUCAAGCUGGGCCCCUUGUCCCCAUGUGUCCUUAGCCCUGAUUGGACAGCCAGAUUAUUUAUAUUCUUCCGUUUUCAAGAACAGGAUAGAAAUGGCACUGCAUUCAUAAUCAGUGGUGUUUAAAAAAAGGUUUUCCCAGUAAACUGUAACUAUUUCCCCUGCAGAGGCAGCUGGUUUUGUGAACUGGAGGGGAGAGAGGCCUGGUUGUUCUGUGGUCUGAGGCCAGCGAUCUCUGAGGUGGGUCAGCACUAAU